AUGUUUUUCGAUGGAUAUGGAUAUCACGGGACGUCGUUUGAACAGACUUAUCGAUGCUACCCUGCUUCUUUUAUCGAAAAGCCUCAACUUGAAAGUGGUGACAAAAUUAUAAUGCCGCCGUCAGCCCUUGAUCGUCUAGCAUCUCUGCAUAUUGAUUAUCCAAUGUUGUUUGAACUUCGUAAUGAUGCUGCUGAGCGAGUUUCUCAUUGUGGUGUUCUGGAGUUCAUUGCAGAGGAAGGCAUGAUAUACAUGCCAUACUGGAUGAUGGAGAACAUGCUUUUACAAGAGGGGGACAUUGUAAGAGUGAAAAAUGUGACACUUCCAAAGGGAACAUAUGUUAAGUUACAGCCUCACACAAAAGACUUUUUGGAUAUUUCCAAUCCAAAGGCUAUAUUAGAAACUACUUUGAGGAAUUUUUCGUGCUUGACUACUGGAGAUAGCAUUAUGGUGGCUUACAAUAACAAGAAGUAUUAUAUUGAUAUUAUAGAAAGCAAGCCUGCCAAUGCUAUAAGCAUCAUUGAAACUGAUUGUGAAGUGGAUUUUGCCCCUCCUUUAGAUUACAAGGAACCUGAAAAGCCAGUUGCUCCACGUUCUGCUGGAAAGGCACCAGAAGUUGAUAAAGAAACCCCUGCUGAAGAACCCAAGUUCAACCCAUUUACUGGAUCUGGGAGACGCUUGGACGGAAAGCCUUUGAAUUAUCAGCCUCCACCAGUUUCUUCUUCAGGGUCCAAGGACAAGAAUGCCGGUGUUCCAAAUGUUAAUUCACAGUCUUCUACAGCUUCUAGUUCAAAAAAUAAUGCUCCUCAAACUCAAGGAAAACUUGUAUUUGGGUCAAAUCCGAAUCGCAGUAAAGAGACCGGAAAGGCGGCAGCUGAGGCAAAACCAAAACAAGAGCCCCCCAAAGAGAAAGAAGAAGAUAAAUUUCAGCCUUUCACUGGGAAGAAGUAUUCUUUAAGGGGUUGA